UCAUAUGAGACACAACACUUAAUGCAUUGAGCAGAAGAAGAAUUAAGUAGAGAAAAUAGAGAACAGAAAUGGAAGUUAAUGGAGAAAAAGAGAGAAGAAGUAGAAGAGAAGAUGAAGAAAAAGAAGCUUUUCUCAACUCUCCAUGUUCUGCCUUUCACAAAACUGUUCAAGCCAUAUUGAAAUGUCUUGGUCUUGAGUCAUCAUCAAUAUCACCAUCCUCAUCAUCAUCAUCACCAUCAUCAGAAGAAGACUAUGGAACUGAAUUCGUUCAAGAGACAGGAUUUGUGGCGAUGGUAACAAGACUGGUAAGAAGGAGACCAAGGCCACCUUACAGCUCAGGACACCCUGGUCAAAUCGACUGAUUAUGAUUAAAGACUUGUGUGUCUUCGUGUUUGUAUGUCUUCUUCAUGUUUAAACUCACUUUAUGUUCUAAUGUCUUCAGGCCGUCUCCAUGGGAUGGCGGUCUAGAAAGUACCUAAUCCAAUAAAAUAAGAAAAAUAAAGAAGUUUCGAGUUUACAAAGGUUUUAAUUUCAUCCUCGUAUAUACAAGAAGAAAAAGCUAGAGACCAUCGAGACAAAAUUGUGCACAGACCGUUG